AUGUGCCGGUACACGAAUCUAUCUAUCUAUCUAUCUAUCUAUCUAUCUAUCUAUCUAUGUAUCUAUCUAUCUCAGUCUAUUCAGAUCUAUCUUCUAUCUAUCUAUCUAUCUAUCUAUCUAUCUAUCUAUCUAUCUAUCUCAGUCUGUUUAGAGAUAUCUAUCUACCUAUCUAUCUAUCUUUAUCUAUUCAUUACUUUCUUUCUUUCUUUCUCAGUCUGUUCAAAUUUAUCUAUCUGUCUAUCUAUCUAUCUAUCUCAGUUUCUUCGUAUCUAUCUAUCUAUCUAUCUAUCUAUCUAUCUAUGUCUGUUCAUUUCUUUCUUUCUCAGUCUGUUCAAAUCUAUCUAUCUAUCUAUCUAUCUAUCUAUCUAUCUAUCUAUCUAUCUAUCUAUCUCAGUCUGUUCAGAUCUAUUUAUGUACCUAUCUAGCUAUCUUCAUCUAUUCAUUUCUUUCUUUCCUUCUUUCUUUCUUUCUUUCUUUCUUUCUUUCUUUCUUUCUUUCUUUCUCAGUCUGUUCAAAUCUAUCUAUCUAUCUAUCUAUCUAUCUAUCUAUCUAUCUAUUUCAGUUUCUUCGUUUCAAUCUAUCUUUCUAUCUAUUUCAGUUUCUUCUAUCUAUCUAUCUAUCUAUCUAUCUAUCUAUCUAUCUAUCUAUCUAUCUAUCUCAGUCUGUUCAGAUCUAUCUAUCUACCUAUCUAGCUAUCUUCAUCUAUUCAUUCAUUUCUUUCUUUCUUUCUUUCUUUCUUUCUCAGUCUGUUCAAAUCUAUCUAUCUAUCUAUCUAUCUAUCUAUCUAUCUAUCUAUGUCUGUUCAUUUCUUUCUUUCUCAGUCUGUUCAAAUCUAUCUAUCUAUCUAUCUAUCUAUCUAUCUAUCUAUCUAUCUAUCUAUCUAUCUAUCUAUCUAUCUAUUUCAGUUUCUUCGUUUCAAUCUAUCUUUCUAUCUAUUUCAGUUUCUUCGUAUCUAUCUAUCUAUCUAUCUAUCUAUCUAUCUAUCUAUCUAUCUAUCUAUGUCAAUUUUGUCCACACUUUCCUCCCUACAUUUUUUCUUUGUCAGACGUAAAUGACACCAAUGCAUAG